AUGACUUUGUUCUUCCCUCACAUGGAUAGAGAAAAAUUUGACCUCAAGGAAUUUGAGCAGAUGUUGCGUGUUAAGUUGCGCCUUUCUGAAAAUGAAAUUCCUAGUUUAUAUUGGAUGAUAGAACCAUGUUUUCCUGAGAUUAUGGAUAGGAAUGAGGACUUGUUUAAGUUCUGGGAGCAUGCAGUACCUGAUGAUAAAGGAUUUAUAUGUUUACAUUUGAAGAUAUUAAGUUCUGAAUUCGGUAAUGACAAUGACUUCAUUGAGGCUGCAAUGGAACAACCAGUGACAGUAAUUGAUGAGACUCCAAAGAAGUCCCAUAAGAGGAUUGCUAAAAAGCCAGUUUCAAAGGAAAAGUUUGUAAGGAGAUCACCAGAAAAGACUGUAAGGAGAUCACCAAGGUUGCAAGCUCAGUCAAAGUUUGAAAACUCAAAUGGAGGAGUAUCUAGGAAAUUGUUUGUGGAUCUGUUAAAUGAAAUGGAAUCUCAGGGUUAUUCUUGCGUUAGUCAAGCCAGUGUUGUGGGUUCUAGCAGUGUACCAAUUCAAGUGACUGAAAACUUUAACCAUGAUUACUGGGCUGAUGCAGUCAAGAAUACUGAUGCAGUGAACCAGAUUGAUGCAGUGAACAACAAUGAUGCAGGGGUCAGCAGUGAUGAUGAGGAGGAGAAUGUGGUGUUAGAGAACACUACUGUGGAUGAAUGUCACCCCAUUGAAGACCCAAAUGCUCCACCAAUAUAUGACAGUGAUGAAGAGGAUGAUAUUGAUUAUGAAGAUAUUGUCAAGACAUAUAAAGUUGGAGAUGGAAGUAGUCAUUCAAGCAGCGGUGAAGAAGAUGAUGAAGAAGUUUCUAAUGAUGGUGGGAGUAAUGAUAAUAAUGAUUGUAUUGAAGCAAUAAAUGAUAAAGAUGUGAAAGCGAAGUUUGAUUACAAGAACUGGAAAGAAGACUUCAAUAUGCACAGCAUUUAA